UGUACAUGUAGAUAACUAUUGAGUGUAUUGUAACAGCAUGGAGGAAGGAUUAGUGGUAACAGUAACACACUGAAUGUGUGGCAUGUUAACGUGUGAAAACAAAAGUAAAUAUUUGUUUUGAGCACUCGGGGCCUGCCGCCUGUUAGUUUCUCUUGUGUCAUGAUCAUGGACAAAAGCCCAGAUCAGAAGUUAAGGUUUGCACACCGCACUAAUCAUGCUAAUAAAAGUACUAAAGAUGGGGGAGAUAACACGGCGGUGGUAAAUGGCUGGGCGCGGGCCAAAUCCACGGAACGGUGUCAACCACCAGAAUUUGGCCACUUAGACUUAAUAUCAUGCAAUCAUUCGUGUUCAGCUGCUGCGACAGAAGGUACAGCCAUGAAGAAAAUCCGGGGAAAUCAAAACAAAAAGAGUGACCACCGUGAUUACGGGAGCCAGCAGCAGCCACCGGCCUCGCCGAUUGUCACGACCGGGCUCGCCACGGGUCGUGUCCCCGGUGACUUUGAUGCCUACCCGUACCUUCCCUCCUCCACUGAUGUACCCACCAAUGUGCCGGCCUACUACAGCCAGGAUUCUCCGAUGCUCAACAACACCACCGAUCAUGAAGAUGAGCCGUUGUUGGACUUGGCUAGUUCCGGAACCGACGUCGACCACUGCCAUGCUGCGUCGUCUGGUAGUGGGCCAGACAACACCUCCAACCGAAGAGCGCAGAAACAGUUGAUGUUCGCAACAGUCGUCUGUUUUUUGUUUAUGGUUGGGGAACUUGUAGGGGGUUGGAUCUCAGGGAGUUUGGCCAUCAUGACAGACGCGGCUCAUCUGCUUAGUGACUUCACCAGCUUCCUGAUCAGCUUAUUUGCUCUGUGGAUAGCACGGCGGCCUCCUACGGCCAAAAUGUCUUUCGGUUACUUCAGGGCUGAGAUCCUUGGUGCGGUGGUCAGCGUACUUAUGAUAUGGGUCGCUACCGGUAUCCUGGUCUACCUUGCUGUUCAACGCGUUAUCACGCAGAAGUUUGACAUCGACGGUACGGUUAUGCUCAUCACUGCCGGCUGCGGACUUGGCAUAAAUAUUCUACUAGCAGUAGUACUCCACUUCUCAGGCCACACCCACAGCCACGGUGGCCUGGGCCAUGGCCACAGUCACGGUGGUGGCCAUGACCAUGAAGACGAUGACGAUGACAGUCAUGGCCACGGUCACAGUCACAACUCCGACAGGCCAGAGGACAAGGAAGAAGGCCGUCCGCACAGCAUCCAAGCAGACUCCAUUAAUUAUGAAGAGUCCGAGCCGUUGCUGGCCGCGGAAGCCAACGGCACCCUGCCGCAGGUCCGAGCCGUGAAGCGCAAGCAUCACAAGCACAAGAAGUCGCAAGGGAACAUGAACGUGAGGGCAGCCUUCAUCCACAUCCUUGGGGACCUCAUCCAGAGCGUAGGAGUUUGCAUCGCUGCCGUAAUCAUUAUAGUCAAGCCAACUUGGAAGAUUGCGGACCCUAUCUGCACUUUUGUCUUCUCAAUUCUGGUUUUGAUAACCACCAUCUUGAUUCUGCGGGACGCAAUCCAGGUUCUAAUGGAAGGCGUACCCAGGCAUAUCAACCUGAAAGACCUACACAUGGACCUCAAAAGUUUACCUCAUGUCAAAAUGGCACACGGCCUCCACGUCUGGUCCCUGACUACCACCCAAGCUGCGAUGGCUGUACAUCUAUGCAUUGAUCCCGGGGAAGAUUCUGAGAUGAUUCUCCAGGAAGCCUCCCAGCUCGUCCGCACCAAGUACAACAUAACCUUCUCCACCAUCCAAGUCGAGCACUUCAAGCCCGAGGUGAUGAUGUACUGCGGACGAUGCCAGGAACCCAAGCAUUAACCCGAAGGUGCUGUUAAAACAAUUGUCUGCCGCAGUGUUCACAGAGCUGUGGAUGUGCUGCAUAGAUUACUGCGGCCAAUUUCAUGGCGUUGCUAAGCACAAAAAAUGUGUGCUUAGCAAAAAAAAAAGCGGUUACCAGUUAAAAUGUUAUGCAAAGUAUAUUGCAUAUGACUGGUUCCAUGCUGAUAUCUGCUUAGCACAUUCGCCUCGUGAAUUUGUUAAGCAAUAUUUUCAGCUUAUGGCUCUGCAUACCAUUAGCCAAAAUCUCCGCUUACUGUAGCAGACAAUUCUGUGCUUACGGUAAGCGUAUUUCCUGGGUAAGCAAGGAAUUUUUGCUUUUGCAUGCGUACAUCCUGUAACUAAGGAUUCUGUGCUUGCAGGGUUAGGCC